AUGGAUGCCAAUGAUCCGUUGUUAAUGAGAAGCACCGAGGCGGGGAACCGCCCGGUGGAAGAAUCUGGUUCGCCGCCGGCGUGGGCUUGGGAGCUCCGUGGGCAAAUCGAGCACUUGGCGGGCAUGUUCAACGAGUUGAGCUCGAAGUUAAACUCCUCACCUUCGAUAGGGCGGUCAACGACCGACGUUCAAGGUGAGGAUACGGUCGACACCGCUGUCAGCGACAAUCCCAGUGUCGAGGAGCACCGAACCUCCUUACUAGACUUCGUCGGGGUGCAAGGGGUGCCGACGAGGGGAGGUCAAUGUCGUCGAGGGGUUGACAUAACGAAGGUGUCCAAGAGGGCACGGAAUACCAGAGCUGUCACUGGAGGGCCCUUCAUCGGGGUUGCCGAUGCCAGAGGCUUCAUCUGUUUCAAGAGGCAGGUGAAGAGUUUGCCUGAGAUCCAAUUGAGUGGUCGGUAUGGACCUUCAGAAGAAGAUGAAUGGGCAUUCGAGUAUUUCUACGUGAACCACAACGUCAGCGAACCCCUGAGACAGUUAAUUAAUGAUACUUGUGCGAGGAAUAAGGACCUUACGUUCAAGGCGAGAGUGCUGACAAUGUGGAGUGUCCUCGAGAGCUACUCGGACGGCACUGACGAGAUGUCAUUGGUGAAGCGAUGGGAAGCCUUGGGUUGCGGCUCUGAAGGAGCGAAGGGGUUGGAGACCUUCGUGUCCAAAUUGGAAGGCCUUCGAGAUCAGCUGUCCGAAGUUCGGGGAGCUCCUGUCUCGGAUCUGGAGGCGAGAGCUCGACUGUAUAUGGGACUACCCCGGGACGGGCAACUACAUGUAGAUCGCUUGCCGAGAUUGUCAGUGGCGACAUACAGAGACAUGCUCCGAGAGUGCAAGUCCUGGGCUCAGCUUACCUUGAGAUAUGGGGUAGAGAGUCUUGGGAUGAGAUCGACGGCACCACUGAAGUUACCUACCAAAGAUCACACGGGCCCUAAGAGGGGCCCAGCUGGAGCUCAUUUGGCCGAGUUGCACAACACGGAGAUCGACAGUAGGGCAAGAGCCCAGGUGUAUGUUAGCGGCCUACCCUUCCAUUGGACCUUUCGAGAGACGAAGGGUUUGAUCGGUGAGCUCUCUAAUGGCGACUUGUCGGUGUAUGUUACCAUGUUGCCCAGGAAGGGCACUGCCAUCGUAAAGCUCAAGACCGAUGUCGAAGCUGAGAGAGUGAUACAAUUAUUGAACGGCAGGCAGAUUGGUGGGCGGGUUGUGUUGGCUAAGCACGAUAAGUUCGCGCAGAAGACGGUUGAUAGCAAUCCACAGGUCAAUCUGAGUGAGGCACAGCAAAGAGUGUGCCAGUUAGACGACUCCUCAUCGGAGGAGAGUAGUAGCUCGGCGGAAUGUCAUAUCCUUGCAGUCGAGACCGGCGUUCUUGAUGAUAGCCAUUGGGCGAAUACCUCUUUGGAGGAGAGACUAUCGAGUCAACAGUGUCAAGAGCGAAUCGUACCGGAUAUUGUGGCGUUAUGCCAGACCAGCAAGGGUGUCGAGUCCGUUGAGGCUAAGAGCUUCGAGAGCAACAUUGAGAACUUCGAGAGUAAGAGCUUCGAGAGCAACAUUGAGAACUUCGAGAGUAAGAGCUUCGAGAGCAACAUUGAGAACUUCGAGAGUAAGAGCUUUGAGAGCAAUAUUGAGAACAUCGAGAGUAAGAGCUUCGAGAGCAACAUCGAGAACAUCGAGAGUAAGAGCUUUGAGAGCAACAUCGAGAACGUCGAGAGUGAGAGCGCUGAGAGCAACAUCGAGAACGUCGAGGAAGCCUACGGCGAUAUUGAGGUUGAGAACAUCGAGAGCUGCAGGUAUAGGCUUCGAGAGGGCCCGAAGGUCAGGGAACCUACGUCGAAGCGAUUAGCUGUCACAUACACGGCUAAUGGGUUGCCGACCGUGGCAGUAAGUCUUCAGGGCAGGGUCACUACGGUCGCGCUCCUUGAUACAGGAGCGACAGACGUGUUCGUGUCCAGUACUUUAUACCGUCGGUUGAAGGCAGAGUCGCCAGGCCUGGAGCUAAAGCAGGGUGACAUAUCAGUGAAAUUGCUCGAUGGAGGAGCAGUGAAGAUCCAAGGUGUGCUGGAAGCUUUAGCCGUUGGGUUUGGUGAUCAGACUAGGACAGUCGAGGCCUACGUCUUAGACUCUGCUCACUGGGAGUUGGUUCUACCACGAUGGGUACUGGGUAACUGUGUUUGGGUGAUGGCUGGUAACGACUACCUACUCUUCGAUGAGGUUGAGGUCAACCCUCACGGGGGAGUGCAGGAGGCGAGGGAGAUAGGCGCUAAUGCAGUCGAGAGAGACCGAUCUCUCCCGACACGAAGAGUGUGGCCAGCUGUCGUGAAGGUCCCUUGGAUUGAUGAUCGUAGACCUAAGCAGAAUUAUGAUGCCAUCAGAGGCCGAGAUUUGAAGAUCACACAGAGGCUGGCCAAGAGACCUGAAGAGUUAGCAGCGUAUGAAGCGGCCGUGGACGAGCUCUUGAAGUCCGGGGCGGUCGAGGAACUCCCACUGGGGGAGGACCCGAGGAAAUGGGCUUACCACUAUAUGUGUGGGGUUCCGGUUUUCGCCAAUCAGCGAAAGUCCACUCGCUGUCGUAUUUGUAUCGACGCUCGAGAGCUUAACAACUUCACGAAUAAAGAAGGAGACGAGGAGGCCGCGGACAUGGACCUACAGUCACGGAUUCUAGAGUGGCGAGCGUCCAAGCGAGUUGAUUGUGAGGAUCUCAAGAAGGCCUUCUGGUCGGUCCACAUCGAUAAAUCGGAUGUGAAGUGGUUGGGGAUGUGCGUCGGGUCGAGGAUCAUAAGGUGGAUCCAUGUCCCUUUCGGGACGAAUUGGUCCCCUUGGGCCCUGUCUUCGGUCUUGGGAAAGAUUCUCAAACAGAUCGGGGGGACGGGCGGUGCCGAAGCUAUCUCCUUCUAUGUCGACGAUGUACUUCUGCGAGGGGACAGUUGCUCGGAGGUGUCGAAGAUUCGUCGGGAGGUGGUUCCCGCAUUAGAAGAGCGGGGGUUCGAAGUCCACCAGGACAAGCGAAUGUCCAAUCUCGACACGGAUGAAGACUGUAUAGGUCGAGGGGUAUCUAAGGAGAAGAUUCUCAGUGAGAAGUUCAGAACAGGAGGUUGGCUCGGUUACGACUGGCUCUGUGGCGAGCGAAUUGAUGUUAUCGAUGUGCGGCUGCGACAGAUAGAAUUGGCGAAGGAAUCCAAGGUCACGGAGUCUGCCCUGAGAUCAGCAUUUGGCAAGUUCUUCGACCCCAUGGGUCUUUUCGCGGAAGUGUCCUUGGAGCUCAGAUGGGCGGCUCGGCUGGCUCAUGAGAGACUGAAGCAGAGGAGGAAGGACUUCGAAGAUGGUACGGACAUUGUGGACGAGGAGACGGCAUCUAUUAUAUUGAGUACCAUUACUGCAUGUAACUCAUUCCUGCAAUCUGAUCGUAUUCUUCCCCCUCGCUAUCUUGAUGUGUCUACUUUAUUCGUCUUCGUCGAUGCCUCUGAGGCCUGCAUUGCUAUUGAUAUUCGAGUCGGUUCGGGGCCAUAUCGAGUGGAGGCGGUGAGAGGUUCGACUAUUGAGCUAGUACGGCUCGCGGAUGGGUCGGUAACUACGGCGGCAGUUAAUCAGCUGAAGCGAAGCUGCCGUCGGGAGAAGAUUGAUGAGGUUGGUGAGGAGCCUAGACAGUCCACCACGGCAGUGCAGACAGAGCCGAAGCAGACGGGAGAUUGGGGAUCCGUAAAGAUUGACAGGAAGGAUCUACGCCGUUGGAGGGAUACUGUGAAGGCGAUGUCGAAGUCAGGUCCGGGUAUGUUGACCCGGGGAAAGAAGAGAGUGCUGGAGCAGAUUGAGGAGGUUAGUAAAGCUCCUCGUAAGCAGCUUUAG